GUUUACCGCGUUCGCCUGAUAGACGACGGCAUUUCGGAGACGUUCGGCGAUUCGCCGAAGCUGUUGCCUUUCUAAUACUAGAUAUGCUUCUCUUGGAACUCAUUUGGAACGAGCAACAAAUAUCUAACUAGGCAACAGGUGGUUGUGCGAAUCAUGUUCAUCAGGUUAUCUGGUUCCCUCGUGGGGAUCGCGACCUCUGCCUUCUUCAUCUCAAAUAAAGUCUACGCGAAAGAUGCGACAAAAAGAGACUCGGAUUCCUGUCCCGUCCACGACAGAGAAUCUGUUUUUAAAAAGAUCCAUACCCCAAAGUAUUAUUGGGACAUCAACUGGGAUCGGAGGGAUCCUAAGACAAUCUACUCUACAAUGGGAAACCCCCCUCCUGAUACAUGCGACAUUCCACACAAAUCCAGGCACUUGUACCUCGUGCGCCACGGACAAUAUCAUUCGAAGGCGAAAAGACCAGAGGAUAAGAAACUCACUGAGCUCGGCAGAAAGCAAGCCGAAUUCACUGGUCAGAGAUUGAGGCAGUUGAACCUGACGUUCGACAAGGUAUAUGUAUCGACGAUGGCGAGGGCUAAGGAGACUGGAAGCAUCAUAGUCAGUUCGCUCCCAGAAGAUCGAGUCAAGUCCGUGGAACUCUCCGAUCUGCUCCCGGAAGGAAGUCCCGUGCCUCCUGAACCUCCAUCUGGGUAUCAUCCGGCCAGCAAAUAUUCUGAGGAUGGAGCAAGGAUCGAAGCUGCGUUCCGAAAAUUCUUCCACAGAGCAGAUCCGUCUCAGCGCGAGCACGAACACAUUCUCCUGGUGUGCCAUGCCAACGUAAUAAGGUAUUUCGUUUGCAGAGCCCUCCAGAUUCCGGAGGAGGCUUGGUUGAGGUUCUCGUUGAAGAAUGGAUCUAUAACGCACCUUGAAAUCCGCCCUUCGGGAAGAGUCGUCGCGCGAGGAAUCGGUGACGCCGGUUUCAUGCCCCUGGACAUGAUAACCACAAGCUGAAACUCGAUUCAUGAUAUCUGAUAGAGAUUAACAAGUAGCUCUCACAGAUGGUCUGCCGGACUGAGCUCUUGACCCUUUACUUUUUGUGGUUGGAGACCGCGCUGCGGCGAAAAAUCGAGCGGUGCGAAUGACGUUUUCCGAUACAUCGUUGAGCAACGAAGGCGGAAAUUACAUAGGUAUCCGACGCAAGCGGACGAAAGCCCGCUGAUUUGACACACUUGGAAAUUCCAAUAAAAAAAUAUCAUUCUUGGA